GGCCACCGCACGCCACAAAAUGCAAAUGCCCCCCGAAUAAUCCCGCAUACCAGCAGCCACUACCCCCAUCCCGGAAAUAUCCCCAAACCCUCGCCCGCCGCCGCCCGACGACCACUUCCAGAUCUCGGCCCAUGGACGACGACGGCGCCGCCUCCCCGUCGCCAUCGCCCUCCCCAUCGCGCUCCUCGUCUCCGCUCCCGCUCGCCGAACCCGUCACCGUCGCCGCCGUGCCCCCCGGCCACCUCGCCGUCGCCCUCCCCAUCCAGAAGCCUGCCCCCUCCAGCGGCGGCGGCGGCGGCGGAGGGGGCCGAGAGGACGCCUGGAGCGACGGCGCCACCUCCACGCUGAUCGACGCCUGGGGCGAGCGCUUCGUCGCGCUCGGUCGCGGCAGCCUACGCCACCCACAGUGGCAGGAAGUUGCCGAGGUCGUCUCCUCCCGCGACGGCUACUCCAAGCCGCCCAAGUCCGACAUCCAGUGCAAGAACCGCAUCGACACCCUCAAGAAGAAGUACAAGGUCGAGAAGUCCAAGUCGGGCUCCUCAUGGCCAUUCUUCGACCGCCUCGACUACCUCCUCGCCCCCGUCCAGAAGCUCGGGGGCAAUUCUGGCCGGGCUGCAGGAAAUUCGGGCUCCUCUAACCUCGCCGAGCGGACAACCGCUGUUAUGAUUCCGCGUUUCAACUUCCCUACGCGCAGCCGUACGACCUCGCACUUCCCCCCCUCCGCAGGUCUAAAGCGCAGGCUGCCGUCGCCGCCCCAGGCCUCAGCAUCGUCGGAUUCGUCCGAUGGGUUCCCACCUGAGCCACCGGUUGAGGCUGCCAACGGCAAGAGACAGCGUGUCGAGGAGGCUGUGAAUGGAGCAGAUAGCAGCGUCCGUGUGCAGGGUCUGCGCGACCUGGCGCAGGCGAUUCGGCGGUUUGGUGAGGCGUUUGAACGUGUUGAGGCCUCGAAAAGGGAGCAUGAGCUCCGGAUGGAGCGGGACCGCCUGAAUGCUGCCCGCGAGCUAGAGGACCAGCGUGUGCAGUUCUUCCUCAAGAUGCAGAUGGAGAUCUCAAAGGCCAACAAUGGUACCGCACUUGGUCCCCUUGCUGCCGUUGCUGCUGCCAUGAUUGGCAAUUCAGCACCUGCCACAGUCCCCGCCGUUGCUGAUGGCAACGGCUCCAGGAGAACAUCUAUGGCACCUGAUGUCGGGACCAGCAGCAAUCACCAUGUCCGGUACCGUGUGAAGGAUGGCAGGCAUCAUCAAUCCUUGCAACACCCAUCCUACCAGUACAACCAGAACAAUGCCGGCGAGGAUGCCACAGGCCAUGGUAGUGGCAGCAACGACAACAAAGAAGAUGAUGAGGUGGAAGAUGAAGAGGAAGAGAGCCAGUAGAAUUUGUAUCCAGUCAAUUGGCAUUGUCCUGGUUUGAAUUGCUCCCAGUUAAUUAGGUUGGUCUGGGAGCAAGAAAUGACUAUUGAGAACUGCUAGAUUGUAGUGGUAUUUAGCAACCAGGAGUAGUUAAGUUAUGGUAAGUAACUGCGAGUUGGUUGUAGUAACUUAUAGCUUACCUGUUUGUGCUUGUGAUGUGAUUCAUGUAUCAUUGGGGAUGUCUCAUUGUGGUGUUAGAUGUAUCAGUGCUUGCUCUUUAAUCAUGAUAAGUGUCGUGAACUGUUGUCAAGAUGUGUCAUUGAGGAUGUCUCAUUGCAGUGUUGGA